AUGGGGGAGUCAAUUCCUACACGUCCCAAGAAGUUCAAUACUGAGCUGACUGAUUACUCUCUACCUCGCCACCAGCAAGAUGGUCCGUAUGCUGACAACCUGGACCUUGAUGCAAUAAUUGUUGGUGCCGGUUUUGCUGGCAUCUUCAUGCUCAAGACUCUCCGGGAUCGCGGAUACAAGGCUGUUAUUUUUGAGGCGGGAAACGACCUUGGAGGAACCUGGAGAUGGAAUUCGUAUCCCGGAGCAGCAGUAGAUUCGGAAGUUCCCGAGUAUGAAUUUUCUUGGCCGGAAGUCUGGAAAACGUGGAACUGGCCGUCCAACUACCCUGACUACCGGGAUGUGCGAGCGUACUUCGAUCAUGUCGACAAAACCAUUGGCGUAAAAAAGGACUGUUCGUUUAACACGGUGGUUGUUGGCGCCAACUUUGAUACAGCAACCGGAAAGUGGAGUGUUGGUACAGAAGAUGGGCGAACGGCGAAAGCCAAGUUCUUGGUUUUGGGAACUGGAUUCGCUGCGAGGCGUUAUAUUCCCGAUUGGCCGGGCAUGGACAAGUUCAAAGGCGUCAUGCAUCACACCUCUUUCUGGCCCGAGGAAAACGUAGACGUGGCAAACAAGCGAUGUGCCGUCGUUGGCACAGGCGCUUCUGGCGUUCAGAUUGUUCAAGCAUGGGGCCCGGUUGCCGGCGAGGUCAAGGUCUUCCAGCGUACCCCGAAUCUAGCCCUGCCAAUGCGUCGCAGGAAAACGACUCCCGAAGAGCAAGAGCGAAAGCGAGUACUCUACCCCGAACUCUUUCAUCUCCGGGAGACCAGCUUCGCCGGCUUCCACUACGAUUGGUACGAGAAGAAUACAUUCGACGACCCUCCCGAGGGUCGCGAGGCAGUUUAUGAGAAGGCAUGGCGAGAUGGGGGGUUCAAAUUUUGGCUCAGCAUCUACAAGGAUAACUUGUUCGACGCCAAGGCCAACAAAGAAUCGUACAAGUUUUGGACAAGGAAGGUCCGGGCUCGCAUUGCCGAUGCACGCAAGAGGGACCUGCUCGCGCCAGAGACGAUGCCCCAUUACUUUGGCAUCAAACGUCCUUGCCUCGAACAUGAUUACUACGAGCAGUUCAAUCGACCUAGUGUUGAUGUCGUUGACAUCAGCAAAAACGCCAUCAAGGAAUUCACCGAGACGGGCAUCACCCUUGAAGAUGGCACGCAUCAAGAGUUUGAUGUGAUUGCGGUUGCCACAGGAUUUGACAUUGUAUCUGGAGCAAUGACGCAGCUUGGCCUACAGAGCAUCAAUGACACCAAUCUACAGCAAGAAUGGUCCUCCGGGAUAAGCACCUACUUGGGUAUCAGCGUCAGCGGCUACCCCAACAUGUUCCAUCUUUACGGGCCUCAUGGACCAACUCUUCUCAGCAAUGGCCCGACGACAGUUGAGGUCCAAGGCCGCUGGAUUGCCGACAUGGUGGACAAGAUGCAGCGGCAGGACAUCAAGUACGUGAAUCCAAAACACGAAGCAGCCCAGGAAUGGACAAGGCACGUCAUGGAGCUGAACGACAAGACCCUGUUUCCGACGACUAAAUCUACCUACAUGGGAGGCAACGUUCCUGGCAAGGUGUACGAGCCUAUGUGCUACUCCGCUGGGAUCGUGAGUUACAAGGCCGAAAUCAGGACUGCGCUGGAUUCCAUGCAAGGCUUUGAGGUCGUAAGCAAUGGGGAUAGGCGAAACCCAGAGUUCGCUGCUACUCUGUCCACCGGAGAGGAGAGUUUCCGGGUUCAGGUCAAGACCAUUUCGCUAUUCAAAAUAUCGGUCGCCGCGGCUGAUGCGUUUCUGGUCCAGUGGUGA